AUGGGCAGCGGCGCGUCGCGGCUGCUCACCGCGUGCGCGUGCUCGCGGCCGGCGCCGGCGCCCGCGGACGACGGGCCGUGCCUGGACGACGCGCUCGGCCACUCCUUCUGCUACGCCGCCAGCUCCGCCACCGCCGCGGGCCACUCGUCCUCCUUCCGCCACGCGAUCUCCGGCGCCGCGCUCUCCGCCAACUCCUCCGUGCCCGUGCCGAUCUACCACUCCUCCGUCGCCGGCGGCAUGCCGCCGCCGCAGUACUCCUCCGCGUUCCACACUUCCUCGUCCUUCUCCUCCGCGCCGCUGCAGCUCUCCAACCUCUCCUCGGGUCCGCUCUUCCUCUCCGGGCCCAUCGACCGCGGCGCCCAGCUCUCCGGCCCGCUCGACCAGGCCGUGCCCCUCUCCGGCCCGCUCCCCGCCAAGCCCACCAAGCCCGCUCCCUCCCUGCGGCGGAGCGUCUCGGAGAAGAACCGCCCAUGCGUCGUGCCGCUCCGCCGGGAGGACGGCGUGCAGUGGGCGCACGGCCGCGCCGGGGAGGACAGGGUUCACGUGGUUGUCUCCGAGGACCAGCGUUGGCUUUUCGUCGGCAUCUAUGACGGCUUCAACGGUCCUGAGGCCCCGGACUUCCUGGUCGCUAAUCUCUACCGCUUCCUGCUGCGCGAGCUCCGUGGAUCUUCUACGAAGAGGCCGACCCGGACUCCAAGCGACUCUGGCAAUUCCUGGUGGAUGGCGACGACGAGGACAGCGAACUCGACUUCUCGGGCUCCGGCCGGUUCGCGCUAUCGCUUCUCAAGGAGCAGCGGCAUCCCUUGUGGGCCCACGCCGCGCUGCCGCUGGCGAUGGGACGACGACGUAUAUGUAAUGAACCUUGGGGAUAGCCGUUCCAUUGUGGCGCAGCGACGAGACGACGACGACUGCUUGAUUGGAAGCAUGCGGGUGGAGGGCAUUGGUGUGGGCUUGGAGACCGAGUCAAGGAUCCCUGGGUAUUCUGCAAUUGGGCUUGAGGCAUUGCAGCUGUCGACUGAUCAUAGCACGAGCAUUGAAGAGGAAGUGCAGAGGAUCAGACGCGAACAUCCGGAUGAUGAUCAGUGUAUUGUUAAUGAUAGAGUAAAGGGUCGUUUAAAAGUUACCCGUGCAUUUGGUGCUGGGUAUCUCAAACAGGCAAAAUUGAAUGAUGGGUUGCUAGAGAUGUUUCGCAAUGAGUAUAUAGGUGAUACACCAUAUAUAUCAUGCGCACCUUCUCUUUGCCAUCAUAAGCUCUCCACCAGGGAUCAAUUUCUUGUUCUUUCGUCUGAUGGCUUAUAUCAGUACCUAAGCAAUGAGGAGGUAGUUCUACAUGUUGAGAAUUUUAUGGAGCGGUUUCCAGAGGGUGAUCCUGCACAGAGUUUAAUUGAAGAGCUACUCUCCCGUGCUGCAAAGAAAGCUGUUUUGGUGGUUACAAAGCUUUUAGAGCAGACUCUACAGGACUACAGCUACAGUGACAGCCUGAGAUCAAUUAGAGAUUCUUCAAGAAGUCUCUUCCGUGAGCAAUAUGCCAGUACUAACCUGGAGUUUGCCUUUUCAGGCAUGGACUUUUAUGAGCUAUUAGAUAUACCUCAAGGGGAUCGCAGAAAAUACCAUGAUGAUGUCACCAUUAUGGUCAUUUCUCUCGAAGGGAGAAUAUGGAAAUCCUCUGGAACAUAUGUGUGA